UACGGUGAAAUACGGCUUCGAAGUAUUUUGGAACUUAGGGAAAUGAUGCAUAAUUGAAAUGUACCUAUUGCAUUAAUCUUGCAUAUGGAAAGAUUUCAGCUGAGGACCAACUUUAUGAUCUAGUUCUUAUGUAAGCUAAGACAAACACGUCCACAGUGUACAGUUUAAAAUGGCAAGUGAAGAUGUAAUUGAAUUGGGCUCCUCUGACGAUGAAGCUGAGCCUGUACCAAAGAAGAAAAAACCCAUGCUCAAUGCUAUGGUAGUUAUACCAAAGAAACUACAUGGCAUUACUAUAAAACCUAGUAAACCUGUGCCCCCUAUCAAUGUAGGAGGCUUAGCAAAACCAGUACUAAUAAAACAGAGAGCUACUGCUAUAGACCAAAGGAGAUUAGUAUCUACUACUACAAUACCUUUUCUCAAAAGAGUGCAAAAUACAAUUGAAACAGUAACUCCUCCUAUUCUCCAAAAUCAGCUUUCAAUUAAUCCAGUAAGCCUUGUUAAAAGUUUACACAGAAGACAAGUUGUUGUGAAGAAAGUACCUAAACUCGAUCAAAAGGUGAAAAAGGUUUCAAAUGUGAAAAUUGGAUCAACACAGAAAAAGGAAUCAAAAUGCAAUCCUUUGCCCUCAUCUCUAACUAUAACGCCUGUGAAUAAUAGAGACAUUAAAAUUCAGUCUUUAGAAAAUGCUGGUACAUCUGGUUUGCAUAACAAACUUAGAAUAGUUCCUCUAAAGAAAAAUUUAUCAGGAGAAUUGACCACAGUUGAAUUAGAUGAUGAGGAUACAUACGAAACUGGAACAGCUAGUCCUCAGUGGUACUUAAGACCUGAGGAUCAAGCUAAACAUGUUCAAUCAGAAGGAAAAGAUAAUGAUAAGGCAAGUAUGGAAGUAGAUAGUGUACCAUCUAUGGAAGAUAAGAAUAAUAAGGAGCCAGACAUAACAAAAUAUGUUGAAAUCACCAUAGAAGAUAGCCCAUUGAAGCCUGUAAAUUCUAAGCACCCAGAUAUAGGUAAAGAACUCACUAUUACUAUAGAAGACAGUCCUGUCAAACCUGUUUCAAAACCUACAAGGAAGAAUGAAAGUGAUAAUGAAAUUAAUGAAGUUGUUGAAGAUAAACAAAGUAAAAAAAAGCUAGAUUAUCCAAAAGUAUCUAAAAACAGUCAAGAAAAUCAUGUUGUUGAAAUUGAAAUAGAUCUCUUCGACACAAGUUCUCUUGCUGAGAGUGAAAAUAAAAGUGUACCUGCAUUACCUCAGCAUAAAUGUACAACUGAAACUGAAAAAUCCCAUGAACCUACUGGAGAAGACAAAGUUACUAAAGGCAAAGAGAUUGUUUCUGAAGAUGAUGAAUUCCAUCCAACUUAUCAGAAGUUUAUACAAAUGUGCUUUCAACUUGAAAAUACGGAAGAUAUGAAAAAAAUUGUAGAAAAAAAAAUUAAAGCUUACUACAGGCAAUGUCCCAAAGAAUAUGUUGAAUCUGAGGAAUUCAUCGAUAUGGUUUCCAGUAAAAUAGUCACAAUGAAGGCUUCACCUGAGAAAAUGUAUUUAUAUAUAAAGGAUAUUGUAGAUGAAUUAAAUUUACAGAGAAAAAUUACAAAAUCAUUGGUUUCAAGUAUGAAAAUGGUGGAUUCGGAUAAAGAGUCAUCCGAUGUCAAACAUGUAGUAUCUCAAUGCGACAAUAAGAAGCGAAGACAGAUUCGGAAAUUGGAAAAAACAAUAAAGAAACUCCAUAGAGCUAUACAAAAGCUUGAAGAACAAGAAGUGGAUUUUGAUGAUGACGAGGAUUCAGUUUAUUUGCUCACAGAAAGAUAUAAGGAACGAAUGGUUCGCGUCCAUGCGAAGUUCUGCCAACUUACUAACACAAAAAUGCCAUCCGAGCCUCGUUUACACAUAGAAGCGAGACCAGGACGACCAGCUGGCCCUGCCAAGAAGCUAGAAAAAUGGAUUAAUAGAAAAGUCUCAAUAGGAACCCCUUUGCCAUUUCCUGACUUUCAUGAUGUACUUCGUUGUGUUCGAGAUGCCAACGAAGAGGAGAAAUUGUGUUGGAAUGAAGUUGAUAUUAUGGAAGAAGCACGAGAUUUGUUCACAAGAUGUGGUAAAAAACUCCAAAGACGUCGACAAGAAAAUGAAUGGCGAAUAGCUGCUUCAAGAAUUACUUCGGAGGUGGAUCCUGCGUUAGAUAACUCUGAUUUAAAAAAGAAAUUAGAUGAUAACAAAACAAUAGCAGCUAAAAAAGAAACAGAACUUUUUAAUAAAUAUGUUGACAGACAAAAUUUGUUAAAACUUGAAGCUGUUGAAAUUGGUGAUAAAGAAGCCGAAGAGUCACCACUGGAGAGUGAAGAAGACGACGUCAUUGAAAAUGAUAAUAGUUUGGAAAACAAACAAAAUAGAAAGCAAAGGCUUAAAAGACUUCUUCAAGAAAAGAGUAAAAAAGAGGAUGAUAAAGAAAAUAUCGCAAGAGAAGAUCCUGAUGAAAAAGAAAAAGAAAACAAUAAUGAAACAGAUGGCGAGAAACCUAAAGAGAAUGAUCAAGAAAAAAACGUCAAUGGCAUAGAAACGACUGACGAUAAAUCUGAUGAUGUUGUAUUGUUCGCCGAAUCAUCGCCGAAUGAGGCUCAGAAAUUUAAAGAAAAAGAUAAAGAGAUUGACAAUACUAAAGAAAAUAAAAAAGAUGAAAAUGACGAUAGUGAUGCUUAUAAAGUAGAGUCUGAUAUAGACGAGUUACAUCUCUUGCAAAAAUUACAUUCAGAAAAUGAAGUCAAUUCUUCAUCACUUGAGAGUUCUGAUUCGGAUACACCAAUAGCAAUAUCUGACACACUAGAAUCAGACAGCGAGGCAGAAAAUGAGGGAAAACCAUAUGAUGUAAUAAGCAUCGAAAACUCCAGUUACUCUGAAUCCGAGAUGAUUAUUGACGGAUCAUCGAAAGAGAGCGAUACAAACUCUAUUAGCAAAUAUAAAUUUGAUAAGUUAGUGACUGCAAGUAUUGAAAUUGAGUACUCCUCAACUGGAUUAGAAGAAACCAAUAAAGAAGCACCAGCGGCAAAAAAUACUGCAGUAAAACAGGUCGAAGAAAAUAUUUUCCUUGCAUCAUCUGAUGAGGAAGCUAAAGAUAACGCUGAUAAUAUGGAAAUUGAGGACACGUGUAUAAAUUUGAAAGAUGAUAACAUAUCCAUUACGGAAACAACAAUCCAUGGAGGAACGGUUGAAGACGGAAAUUUAUCCAAUGACGAAAGAAUUAUUACAGAAAACAAUAAUGCAUUAGAGACACUUGAAGGAAAUCCUAGUAGUGAAGAAAACGAUGUUAAUGAAAUCAAAGAAGAUAGUAACGAAUGUACUGAAAGUAUGGACAUUACUGAAUCUAGCAAUGAACCAAGUGAAGCAACUAUAGAUUUCUCCGAAAGUGCUUCACAAAUCAAAGUUCAUACAGAAGAGAAUAAGAUUAAUGAUCAAUUAGCCACAACCGUGACUAAUAUUCGUAAAACUAUUAUGGAAAUUUAGUAACGUAAGUAAUAUAAUUAUAGGUUAGGUUCUAAAUGUAUGAGUAAUGUGGUGUUGUUGGACAAUCGACUUUAUAUAAGGUGAAGUUAAGUGCAAUUAUUGUCGAGACUUAGAAAUUAGGAUUUUUUCAUUGUUUUUUAUUGACCUUUGAUGUACAAUGAAUGUUAAAGCUUUAUUUGCUACAAUCCGCGAUAACCAGGCCAAUCUCUGUUUGCAAUUUAUAAUUUAAAUUAUACACCACACCACACAUCUCAUUUUGUUAAUCAUGUUUUUGAUAGUGGACAUAACGUAGUAAGUUUACGGUGUCUUUACGGCACUUUGCAUACAAGGACAACAUUUUAUAAAAGUUUAGCACCUAUGCUGAUUUACUGAUACAUACAAAGCGGCGAUUGGCGGUACCAAAGCAUAAUGCAAGGUCGCAUAUUAAGAAUAAGCUAACUUUCAGGCCUAGAAUCGCUAGAUCAGGUCAGAUCUGGGCAGAUCCAACAAAUUGGUUGGAAUUUGCUUUGCUGGCUUGGAUAUUUUUCGACACUCUGCCCCAUGUUUCAAAAAAGAAGUCAAAAAACUUAAAAUGAAAUGACUCGCGAUGUUUUCCUUCACCGUUGAAGCAAGUGAUGUUUUAAUUGACGCACAUAACUUAGAAAAGUUAGAGGAGCGUGCUGGGAUUCGAACUCGUCCCCCCGAAUGUGAAGUCGAAGUCCUAACUACUUUGCUAUCACCGCUAUAUUAUUUGGUAAUGCAUGAAAUUAUUGGAAUGGGAGAUCUGAAUUCCUGAACGUCCAAAUAAAUGUAUGAUCUCACCGUUAUUUAAAUAGUUAAGUGGUGCAAAAAGGGGUUUUAAUAAGACUAAUUUGUAAAAUUUUUACUUAGAAGUUAUUCUAAAUCCCUUCCAAGGAUAAAUUCGAAUUUGUGGUUUGAAUAAAAAAUUAAAGGAAUAACAAAUUGCUUGCCGGUUUUUCACGGAUUAUAGCAAAUUAAGCUUAAUGAAAGAAAGAUAACCAAUUCGAUUUUUUUUUAUUACAAAUAUGCUAAAAUCACAGGCAAAAAUUUUAUCUACUGAUUUUGAUUGUUUCUCUUUCCAGUUUAUUACAUUAAAUAUGCGUGGUAUUAGAUACCGGGUGAAUAGUAGAUAAGUAUAUUGGGAAAUACAUCACAAUUUGCCUUAAAUGGUUAAUCCGAUUUGUGUAAAUAGAUAAUAUUAAAAUAAUUUUAUAGCUGAGG